UGUCGCUCCUUUUCUCUCUCCGUGAAAAUCGUCGCAGCUGCGCUCUGUCCUCCUUCCCAUCACUGUAGCUCGAUUCCUACAUUCUCCUCAAUUCUACUGUUUGAAGAUAGCGAGACAGAUGUCGAAAGCUGGACCGUUGGAUCUUGCCUCUGGUCUUGGAGGAAAGAUCGAUAAGAAGGAAGUCCUUUCAGCCGUUCAUCAGUAUGAGAGAUGUCAUGUCGGUUUUGGAGGGGAUGAGGAAGCAAGGAAAGCUGACUACACUGACAUGGUAAAUAAGUAUUAUGACCUUGUAACCAGCUUCUAUGAAUAUGGUUGGGGGGAGUCCUUUCAUUUUGCUGCCAGAUGGAAAGGAGAAUCACUUGGAGAAAGCAUCAAACAGCAUGAACACUUUCUUGCUUUACAACUGGGUUUGAAACCCGGAAUGAAGGUUUUGGAUGUGGGAUGUGGAAUUGGAGGACCACAACGGGAAAUUGCUAGAUUUAGCUCAACAGUCAUCACAGGGUUGAAUAACAACGAGUACCAGAUUUCAAGAGGCACUGAACUAAAUCGUUUAGCAAGAGUAGAUGAGUCCUGCAACUUUGUCAAGGCUGACUUCAUGAAAAUGCCAUUUUGCGAUGAUUCUUUUGACGCAAUAUAUGCAAUAGAAGCUACAUGCCAUGCACCAGAUGUGCUUGGGUGCUAUAAAGAAAUUUAUAGGGUGCUGAAGCCCGGUCAGUGUUUUGCUGCGUACGAAUGGUGCAUGACUGAUUCCUUCGAUCCCAAUAACAAAAAUCACCAGAAAAUCAAGGCUGAAGUUGAACUUGGAAAUGGCCAUCCGGACAUAAGAUCCAUGGAACAAUGCCUUGAUGCUCUGAAGCUUGCGGGGUUUGAGGUCCUAUGGGAGAAGGAUCUUGCCACGGACUCGCCUGUGCCUUGGUAUUUGCCUUUGGAUGCCAGCCAUUUCUCUUUAAGUAGCUUCCGUUUAACAGCUCUUGGGCGUUUCAUCACUAGAUACAUGGUCAAGGCAUUAGAACAUGUGGGCCUCGCGCCAGAAGGGAGUGAGAGAGUUUCAUCUUUUCUAGAAAGAGCUGCAGAGGCACUUGUAGAAGGUGGAAGGUGCGCACCAAGCACAUCUAUUGAUUCUGGCACACACAUCCUACAUAUAACAAAAUCCAAACUGUCCAAAUAGUGGGACCCACUGUGGAUGGAGCAUGGCCCCAAAAUCACAUUUAUUAGACAAUACUGACCUCUAAUAGUGGUAAUGUUUGCUGAAACUGCACCCCUGACUAUCAGCCUGUUAGAAUCAUACAUUCAAUGUGGAUCUUGGGAUAUAACCCAUCUACAGUGAGAGCCUUGAUUCGGAUAGUUUGAGUUCAGGUACAUGUAUGCCACAUCACAUGGGUUGUGGCUAGAUUAUCAAAAUAAAUCUUCAUGAUACAUUACUACUACGUUUUGCAUUGUUUACUUUGUAUUGUGUUCAAAGAGGCCAUUUUCAGUGGCCAUUGACAAACCCACACCUCGUCGACUUGGACAGGAAGGAAAUCUUCACACCUAUGUACUUCUUCUUGGCUCAGAAGCCUCAUUAGGUCCCCCUAGCUAGAUUUUCAGCUGACUGAGAUCUUUAACAGUCUGAAAGCUGCUCUAUUCUUCACAGUGAAAUUGGGUUAUUUUCUACAACACGCUUUUUCUGCAUGGAAGUUCCUGUAUUUUAUUACUCGAAUUCAUGCUUUGUGAAAUGCAAUGGAAAUGAACAUAU